CGACCUCCACACACCCCCAUUCCUAUCUUCAUUUCUACUUUACUGUAUCUCUUGUGACAUUUCUCUAUUCGUUCUGUUCGUGCCCGCCCCUGUCUAUCGCUGACAUCAUAGUCGCGAACGCGCCCGGGAGCGCGGAUGCUUAUUCCUUUCCCAGUCUGGGAGAUAUUGAAUCUUCGGUUCUAUCGGGUUGCCGGAGUGGCAGCUCUCUGUGCCCUGAGCCCAAGAAACAGACAGCUUAAUCGUACAAAGAAAAUGGCUCAGUGGUACCUCACGCCUCCUUUCCUCCUCAUCUUGGUUUUUGACGUUCUGAGCCAGGUCUGUGCUCUGGAGGCCGACUCCAGGGAUAAGAAGAGCUCACUGCAGCCACCCGACACCGACCACAGUCUGAAGAGGCACGACUCUUGGCCAGACCUGCCCAGAGCAGGCCGCAGACACGGCGUACUGAGGAAGGAGAAGGCCAGCACUAUGGUGACCAGAGUGAUGGAGGCCGGGAGACCCGAUGAAGACGGCGUAGGACUGGAGAGCCUUACACCAGUGCGUGUGGAGACAGACAGCCUAGAGAGAGCAGCCAUGCUGGAGGAGGGAGCAGGGGAUCAAAGUGGCCAGUUUUAUCCCCGAGAGUUAGAAAAUUACCGGACGGUGGAAUCCGCAAAUAAAGGGAGAAAACACAGCCGAGAUCACAAGAAGCAAAAUCGGAGAGAGCGAGGACGACAUAACAAGGCAUUGAAAGUCUCAGGAACUGAGUUAAUUCCAUCCGUAAGGGAUCUACCAGAAAGCAAGGUGAUGGAUGAACUUUCUACUAUGCCCCUGCCUAUGUCCAGUGCAAUUGUGACCAGUACGUUGCUGACCACCAUUACAACCGAGGAAGUGCCAGCGGUAAAGCCUAGACAGCAAACAAAAGAGCAGGCCAGAGCAAGAACUGUCGCCGAGGUAAACCCUACUCUCGACAUGACGCUCUUUGAUUGGACAGAUUAUGAAGAUAUGAAGCCAGAUAUGUGGCCUUCAACAAAGAAGAAAGACAAGCGUCGCAGUAAGAACCUGAGUAACGGGAACAUCACAUCCCAGGCUGAAGCAGACCCAUGUGAUCAUCACCUCGACUGCCUGCCUGGUUGGUGCUGUGAUCUCCGGCAGCACAUCUGUAAAGCCCAUAACCGGGGCCUCAAUAACAAGUGUUACGAUGACUGCAUGUGUGCAGAAGGUUUCCGCUGCUACGCCAAGUUCCACCGGAAUCGGAGAGUGACCCGAAGACGAGGGCGGUGUGUGGAGCCAGAUUCGGUCAAUAUUGAUCACGGAUCAUUCAUUACGGUCUAAAGGGACUUAACAAGGAAUCCUGCUUAAUUAGUCCAAGCAACCAGUUAAGAAAUAAUCUCAAAGUCAACAGCAGCUAAAAUCUUGAUGAUUCCAACGUAUGCCUAAUAUACCAUGUCACGUCAAAGCUGCCAGGAAUAUAAUCAUUCCCUUAUCAAGACAGUGACCACUGUCAAACUCAUACCCAAAACCCUGACACUACAAUCAGUAUUCCUCCUUUCCCUAAUGUAAAUCAAUACCAUCUGGGACCUAAUUAUUGCCAGCCAAUCACAACCAAUACUUCACUGUGACAGAUAAACUAAACUCAAAAACACAAGGGAUUCUGCGAAUGCUGGAAAUCCCGAGCAAUACACACUAAAUGCAACUUAAACUCUGUUUCUCAUAAUUAUAACUGUAUUCCCUCUCUGGUCCAAUUCAAUACUUCCCAUUCAUGCCGAGUACUCUAUCAUAGCAAUUCAGCAUCCCCUCUUGUACUCGGUGCAUAUUAAUCCAUUACCGUUUGCUCUUGCCUCGUUAUCACUUCACUUUCAUACAGUGAUAGUGGUCAAUCACUACAACUUUCAUACAGUGAUAGUGGUCAAUCACUACAACUUUCAUACACCGUUACUUGUUAUUUUUGAUAGUCUGUUUGUGCCUGUCAUGUCUAAUGCUAAAAUUAAUAUUAAUAUUUGUAUGCAAUGUUUUAUAAAAAAAAAUCUAAAUGCCAUUUAGCAAAUGCUUUAAUAAUAUCCUGAAUCCACUAACGAUGCAUAUCACGCUGCCAACAUUUAUUUCCUAGGAGACUCACUACACGACUUUCAAUCGGCUUCCACCUUAUACCACCCUCCCCAGGCAUUGCCUUUCUCCUAAAAACUGCUGCAUCUUUGAUGGCGCAAAUGCCCUCUGCAUAAACAUCCUCACUGGGAUAUUGUUGCCAAUGUGAUUUCUGGAGGUGCUCUUUAUUGUAUCAGCUCAACAAAUGCCCACUAGAGGGCUUUCAUUGCGGCUGCAUUAGAAUCGGCUCUUUAAAGUAAAAAUUGGCUCUGCCCCAAUCCUAACCUGCAAUCAACUUUAAUCGUGGCAUUAUGUGCACUUAAUCCAUCUGAAACUACCAGCCUAAUUCUACAUCUUGCCAAUUUUGACUAAGCCUCCGCGGAUGUUGUAUCUGUUGGCACCUUUCCCGAGCGAUGGCUUGUCAUGUGUGGUUUAUAACUGAGGGACUACUUGACUGUGGAAUGCUAUAUUGUUGAGCUCUGCCUUGUUCUCAUCUGACAACCGGGUUCCCUGCUGAGUGAGAAACACUAAGUUAUAAUCCUCUCCCUAAUCAAAGCGUGCUCAGACCAUGACGAUGUAGUGAUAAUGGGACUGUACGCAUAACAUAAACCUAUUUAUUAAUUCAUGGGCUGACAUCAGGUACAUGGUAAUAACAGAUUUGUCGGUGUCAUUCCAGGGAGAAGGGCUGCUGCUUCCCAGUCUAGUGAUCAAGUGACUUCCAUUUCAGAAUAAGUGGCUCACUCAAUUAUUGUGAAAGAGGUCCAGUUAUAGUUAUAUAUGUCACUAGUUAUAGAAACUAACCACAAACUCAGGGCAUGCUGAAUUUCAAACACAAGGAAAAAUCACAGCUGCUCGCUCGUCAUUUUUGUUGAUGUUUGAUUGAAGCACGUCACCAGAUACUCUCCCUCAUUGAGCUUGUUAAUGCAGACUCUGUGUAACCUUUGGUAUCACAAUUAAAGGAGUGUGAUCCUUUAGGGAAAAACGGGCCCCUCCUGUUUACAGAACAACGUGUUAAUUUCUGUUGCUGAAUAUAUUUAACAAUGAAUUUCUGUCCUACCUUGAUUCAAGAAUCCUUUAUCACUUUGUCAUAUUUGUAAUAAUCAGGAAAGGGUUAUUGUUUACAAAUACUGAAAUCAAUCAUUAGAUUAGCUAAGAACAGAAACUCACUACGUCAUGUUUAAGCAGUGUAUGAAAAAGUAUCUGCAUUUUUAUUUCUGUCUUUUAUUUCAGCAUUAAAUUAACUCAUUUCCUGUCACUCAAAUAUAUUAGUAAUCUACAUGCGAAAUUCUUCAAAUUAUCGCUUGUGACAUUGUAAAGUCUAUGAAUCUUUUACAGAAAUGGUCUGGUAAGGAGCGUGACAGUUGUACUCCAUUUCUCACUAACUGCAAUUCAUUUCAGCCACUCUCCCGUAUUCUCAGCUGAUAUAGAGUCAGCGUUACCAUCUGAUAAUCUACAGGAGUAGCUCUCCCACCCCAACUACAUUCUGAAUUUCCCGCAUAGACAUGCUAGUGGAUUAUUUUAUUCCAUAAUCAACCUUUUGGCAGUGUUAUUUUCAUUCUGCUUGUAUUAGGACAGUUUAAUAAAGAUAUCAUUGGAAACAGAGUGCAUGAUGUGACAAUCUCUAUCCAUGAAUAACUGAAGUGAAAAAUAUCACCUAUUGUUAUAAUUAUUUUGCUUGCCAUAUUUUUUAUUAUUAUAUUAUUUUACAGCUAUUCUGUGUCAAGCUGUUAAAUAUAUAUAAACAUUAUUUUUUAUCAAGAUCAGUAAAGGAUGGACAAUAAACAAUGGUCUUGGCAGGAAUUCAUCUUUUCCAUGAAUUAAUUUAAAAAAGUAUUAUUUGGGUUACAUUGCAAGUCUUAGACUAUUGCUUGUCAUUUUUAAAGUCACAUUGUUCUUCAAACAUAUUUAGAUCAGUUGUUAAGAGUUAUAAUGUGCAUCAUUUUAUUUUAGUUAUACUGCUUGCUUAAAGUUAAUUAUAGUUUUUUCAUUGUUACAUUUUUGACAGUUAUACUUAUUGCAUGUGAAUUUAGUGACGUAAUGGUAUCAUCAAAAUUUUCGCUUCCUUUUUUAUAUUUAAUUUUUAACUUUGCUUCACUUGAAAUUAUUGGACAGCCAAUAAAUAUCACGAAAAGAAAGUUUCGGCACAGUUCAUCAUAGAUCUCAUUUUAGAGUGAAUUCCUUCCAUAAUUGCAUUUUGAUGGAAAUAAUGCUGAAAUGCCAGGUAUUCCUCGUUGUAAAGCUCGGCAGGAAUUAAGCAAAAGCUUUCAGGGAAAGCAGACCUGGAUAAGGACUGCUGGCCUUGUCAGUGAGACCUGUUUUCCUAAAAUUAAUAUAUUUUGGGAAAUAAAUGGUCUGAACAAGUUCAACAGUGAGUAUAAUCAAAUAGUUUCAGAUUUUAACAGCAUCUUGGUCUAAAGCCAAUUGCCUGAGCUCCUGUGUAUCAUUGCAGGUGUCCAAAGCACAUAAGCUGUUUCAUCAAUGAACUUCCCCAAAACCUAAGGGCAGAGGUGGGGGCGUUCAUUGAUAAUUGGGUUAUGCUCUCCUUCCUUCACAGUUCUUCAUUUGGGGUUGUCUAUUCCUUGCGUGAAGCAACACUUGGAUGGCAUUCAUGAAUGGACGAAUAACGUUUACACCGAAAAGAUGCUCGGUAGUGAACAUUGAUGCUCGUUGUCUUGAGUGAAUCUUCUUCAAAGAGUGCAGAAGACGUUUAUUUCUACUGGGGUUCAAAUUCUCUACUCUCCCCACUUCCGCUGGGGCCCAUCCUGGCCCCAUUUUCGGAAUGACAGAUCAUCGGAACACGGGUUACUUGUCCUGAUCAACCUUCACAUUACAUGGAAAAACUUCAGAGGCCUGAUUUUCCACUUUUCCGAUCUAUAAACCAGAAACGGAUUCUCGCCCCGGUCUGUGCAGAGCUGAUUGGGUAUAACUGCCGUCAAUCAAGUUUGGCGCCCACAAUGCUGG